GUCUUCCUUUCCCCAUCUCUACGGGGCACUCGUCGAGCACCCGACAUCUUCUCAUUCCGACAUUCUCUUCUGCUGCAUCCCUUCUUCCUGUGUAUACGUACAUAUUCAGGUGGCCACCUUCAGUACUACACUACAUCCUUAUCCUGACGUGCACGGCUUUCCCCUUUGUCAUUCAACCCGCCCCGCAAGCAAGGUACUUGUUCUCUGUGGCUCUGUUCUGCUCAACCUCUACGUAAACCAUGGCUUGCCUAACGGUGAAUGCACUCGAAUCGCUUCCCAUAUCACUUACUAAUCCGAACUCGAUAAGCCAAGUCGUGUAUUUAAUGUAUUCUGGUGGUUGAACUCAUGACUCCAGCUUUGGAGGAUGCGGGCGAGAAAAUGCGUUUCGAAGCUCACCAGAUGGUGGCGCGCCUGUUCGACAAAAUUCAUUCGGACGACAGAUGAGAAAAGGCAUCUCAAGGCUUAUCGGACGCUGGUACGCCUGUUCGACGAGAUUCAUUCAGACAACAUGACCAUUCUCAAGCAUUUAAUCUAUGCCAAGGACGACAUACAGCCGCUGGUGGACGGUACCACAAAAUCAAGGGUCAGCCUUGAAGUGCUGAGAAAGAAGACAGUGUUGCUACUAAUAUCGGAUCUUGACAUUGCCAUUGAAGACAUUGAACUUCUCAAUCACUUGUACCGGGAGUCUCGUGCAGGGCCGGAGAACCAGUUCGAAAUAGUAUGGCUUCCAAUUGUGGAUAUCGAUCCAAAGUCAGCUGCUUGGGAUAUGAUCCAUCAGCAGAAAUUCGAGGAGCUGCAGAGUAGCAUGAGCUGGUACACUGUCCACCACCCUUCGAUCCUUGAACCGGCAGUGAUCAAGUACAUUAGAGAGGUGUGGCAUUUCUCGAAGAGGAUCAUCAUAGUAGCUCUGGAUCCACAGGGGAAGUUGGCGAGCCCCAAUGCCCUCCACAUGAUCUGGAUAUGGGGAAGUUUCGCCUUCCCUUUCACUAAGGAGCGAGAGGAAGCGCUAUGGAAGGAGGAGAGUUGGAGACUCGAGUUGAUCAUCAAUGGCUUAGACGACGGGACUAUAACAGAAUGGAUGGAACAAGGAUCAUAUAUUUGCCUAUUUGGAGGUGAGGACCUUGAUUGGAUCAGGAACUUCACAAACGUAGCCAAAGGUGUCGCUAAGAUUGCAAAUAUCCCGUUGAGAAUGGUUUACGUGGGAAAGAGCAAUUCCAAGGAGCAAAUGCAGAGAAUAGCGACGGUGAUCAUCUCAGAGAAACUGAGUUACUGCUGGAACGACCCCCUAUUCUUCUGGUUCUUUUGGACUAGACUUGAGAGCAUGCUCCACUCGAAGUUGCACCACGGGAAGUCCACUGAAAACGACCCGGUAAUGCACGAGAUCAUGACGAUACUCAGCUACGACAGGAGCGACCAAGGAUGGGCUAUUUUCUGCAACGGUGCGGGGCUGGCAAUGGCGAGAGCCAAGGGCAACAAUGUCUUGGAGAGCAUGGAGCAGUUCGACAAGUGGAAGGAUGAUGCAAAUCAGAAGGGUUUUGUUAAUGCGCUGCACGACCAUCUAAAACAGAAGGAGCUCGAGACUCCGCACCACUGCAGCGGCCUGAUCCUGCCCGCGAUCGAUGGGGGACUCCCAAAGAGGGUCGUGUGCGGGGAGUGCGGCCGUGUGAUGGAGUAGUUCAGAAUGUACCGCUGCUGCACCGAAUAAGCAGAAUCUCAACUAUGGUUACUUGGAUGCGAAGGUAUCUUGUGAUGUACCAUCUUGAGGUUAUGCAAGAUUUAAAUUGUGGAAGAUAGCGAUGCAGGUUGCGGAGUCCAGUCUGGUGUGGUGUUCAUUCAGAGCCUGGCUCUGGCUUUCAUGCAAUCUAUUCGGUUUGUCGCUUUUCUUUUCUUUUCGGUUUCCUUUUUGCUGGCUUCAAUGGCGUUCCGUUUCGAAGUGUUCAGUUGACAUGUUGAUGUAUGGCUUGGCUGCAACUUUACUUGUAAUCUAUGAAGAUAUGCAUCUGUGAUGUUCAAUCUAGCUGUUUAACUU